CUAUUCCACUAGCACCAACAAUUUAAGGGUGUUUAUUCUUCCCCUCCCUCUUCCUUCUUGAUUCCUCUAUUGCUCAAAGGCACACCACAGAACCAUGAACGCUUCAAGGAUGCUGCUAUUGUCGCCACUAUCGAGCUGCAACGUAGUACGCGGGAAGCUUUUUCCAGAGUCAAUUAGGAGGCGCAGUUGUUGUUCUCCUCCACCGCUGAAAAUAGUGAGCAUGGCGAACGAAGGCAGCGAUGCCAGCAGCAACGGCAGCAUCAUUGAAAAAGCAGCCAUUGGAGGUGGAUUGGUCUCAACUCCAGUAAUCGCUUGGUCUCUCUACACUCUCAAAACAACCGGUUGCGGUUUGCCCCCCGGUCCAAGUGGCUCGAUCGGUGCCCUGGAAGGAGUGAGCUACUUAGUCGUUGUGGGCAUAGUGGGUUGGUCACUCUACACUAAAGCCAAAACUGGUUCUGGACUUCCCAACGGUCCUUUUGGUUUAUUGGGUGCCGUUGAAGGCCUUUCCUUUUUGCUGUUGCUGUCCAUUGUGGUUGUCUUCGGGUUGCAGUACCUUGACAAGGGUUUCAUCCCUGGUCCUCUCCCCGCAGAUCAGUGCUUUGGCUAGGUUCUGCAGUAACUAUGUCAUUGUGCAACAUGAGCCACUACAAUGUUAUCUUCUACUUGUGGAUAUGCACGUAACAUGUGUCUUAGAAUGUCGUAAUAUGGGUGUUUAUUCUCCUUUGAAGAGUUCAAAGUAUAAAAUGGAAAGGAUUAUGAUAUUUUCCUUUUAA